CUCUUUAAAAACGAUUUUUGCUUCAAGCCCUAGUCUCACAUUCUUCGUUUCCUUCCUACAACAAUGAAGCUCGUAAGGUUUUUGAUGAAAUUGAACAAUGAGACGGUCUCAAUCGAACUCAAGAACGGCACUGUUGUUCACGGCACCAUCACUGGUGUGGAUAUUAGUAUGAACACACAUUUGAAAACAGUGAAAUUAACUCUGAAGGGGAAAAACCCUGUAACUCUUGAUCAUCUAAGUGUUAGGGGCACCAACAUUCGUUAUUAUAUCCUUCCUGACAGCUUAAAUCUUGAAACUUUACUUGUGGAGGAGGCACCUAGAGUCAAGCCCAAGAAGCCAACUGCAGGGAGGGCUUUGGGACGUGGUCGGGGCAGAGGGCGUGGGCGUGGACGUGGACGGGGCCGUUAGGUAUGUUGUGGUGUUCCAAUUUUUGCAACAUCUUUCUAUGUAGUAACCUUCUGUUGUAUGGAGAUUGGAUUGGCUGUCUAUUCAUGAUCUUUUGGAAAUAGAAGGGUGAAUUGCAGUUUACUCUUUUUAUGAUACUAUGACCUUAAUAUGAUUAGGGUUGAUACUCUAAUGCUGUCACUGGGAACAGCUAUUUCCUCAUAUUCGUUGACAUAAUUCUGCAGGAGCCGUUUUAAUUACAAUAGGUUAUCCAUACAGCUAAUGGCAGUGAUAUGUUCUUUUGUUGUGUUUAUCAUCUCUUUUUGCUGUUUUUUUUUGGGGG